UUAUUUCAAGGGUGCUUCCAAGGCAUUUUUGGGGUGACGUGCGGGUCCAGGGGGAAAGGGGGGCGUCUGUCAGUCCGCACGUCUCAGGGCGGCGCCUCCCUAGCUGUGGCAUGCCGGCCCACGCGCACCCCCUACAUACCCCCGUCAGAGGAGCCGGCGUCCCCCCCAAACCCCCCCCGCAGGGGGCGGGGAGCUAUCAUCCAUUGGCUGAGGCGCCUACCACGAGCCCCAGUACCCGGCGCAGGAGCCAAGUCUGGGAGCCCCAAAGGCCACGCCUCAUAUCGCCUGCGCCCCUCAGCCUCGACACUCAGCUGUGAGGGUUCCUCCCUCUCGCCGCCCGCCUUUGAUUUUCCUCAGUCCUCUGACUUUUAUCCCUUUGCCGAGUCGAAGCCGGGCAGCGGCAAGAGCGGAGCCAACAGCAGCCCCAAGAGUGGUGCCAGAAGCGCAGCCUCCGCUCCUCCUCGAGCCCCUUCAGCGGGAACUGCUAGCUGCCGCCAUCAUGUCUGCUGCAAAUCCUGAGACUCCAAACUCAACCAUCUCCAGAGAGGCCAGCACUCAGUCCUCAUCAGCUACAACCAGCCAAGGCUAUGUCUUACCAGAAGGCAAAAUCAUGCCAAACACCAUUUUUGUUGGUGGAAUUGAUGUUAGGAUGGAUGAAACCGAAAUUAGAAGUUUCUUUGCUAGAUAUGGUUCAGUAAAAGAAGUGAAGAUAAUCACGGAUCGAACUGGUGUGUCCAAAGGCUAUGGAUUUGUUUCAUUUUAUAAUGAUGUGGAUGUGCAGAAGAUAGUAGAAUCACAGAUAAAUUUCCAUGGUAAAAAGCUGAAACUGGGACCUGCAAUCAGGAAACAAAAUUUAUGUGCAUAUCAUGUGCAGCCGCGUCCUUUGGUUUUUAAUCCUCCUCCUCCACCACCGUUUCAGAGUGUCUGGAGCAAUCCAAACACUGAAACUUACAUGCAGCCUCCAACCAUGAUGAAUCCUAUAACCCAGUAUGUUCAGGCAUAUCCUCCUUAUCCUAGUUCACCAGUUCAGGUUAUCACUGGAUAUCAGCUGCCUGUAUAUAAUUAUCAGAUGCCACCACAGUGGCCUGCUGGGGAGCAAAGGAGUUAUGUUAUACCUCCGGCUUAUACCACUGUUAACUACCACUGUAAUGAAGUUGAUCCAGGAGCUGAAGUUUUGCAAAGUGAAUGUUCAGUUCAUGAAGCUACUCCAUCCUCUGGAAAUGGCCCACAAAAGAAAUCUGUGGACAGAAGCAUACAGACUGUGGUAUCUUGUCUAUUUAAUCCAGAGAACAGACUGAGAAACUCUGUUGUUACUCAAGAUGACUACUUCAAGGAUAAAAGAGUGCAUCACUUUAGAAGAAGUCGGGCGGUGCUUAAAUCUGUUUGAUCCCUUCUGCUAACUUUCUAGUCUCAUGAGAAGUUGCUGGUUUUGAAUAUUAAGAGGAGACUGAAAGUUUUUCACUAUUGAAGUUUAAUUCUGAAUUUUUAAAAAUCACACUCAGACUUUCUUAGACAAGUUAAGAUUG